UCAACAAGUUCAAAAAUUCUCGCUGCAAGUUCGCGGCUGUCACAUUGUUUUUCUCGGUGCAAAUAUCAAGCUGUUUUGACUUAUGUCUUAGAGUUUUGAAAGAGAGUCCGGUGGAGUAACCAAGAAAGAUAAAAGAGUUUAGCCAAACUUAAAGAAAAACAAAAUUCUAAUAAAGUAGAGAGUAUAAAAAAGUUCUUAGAUAUUCGUCUGGAUCGCAACACGGAUCGUUGCACUUGAUUUCAAUCGUAAUGCUCAGUUAUACGUCGAAGCGGCUAUGCUUGGCAGGGUUAAUGCUGCUGCUGAUGCUUUCGUUAGAUCGUCGGCCAGGCGCUGAAGCCUUUAAUAUUUUGGGAAUUUGCCCUAGCACGAGUUAUAGUCAUCAACAACCAUUUCAAGCUUUGAUGAAGGCUCUGGCUCAAAGAGGACAUAAAGUGACUGUUAUUUCACCCAUUCCGCUUAAGAAACCAAUGGAAAACUAUACAGAUAUUGAUUUGUCCUUCACCUAUCAAAAAGAAGAUUGCACAAAGUUAAGACAUAUGAGUGCUUACGAAAUAUUACGGAAAAGUAUGAAGCAGUCCAAUAAGCUUUGUGAAAAACAGUUAUUUAGCGAUCCUAUUGCUGAACUCAUCGCUCGCAACGAAACUUUUGAUGCUAUCGUAAUUGAACAGUUAUGGUUCCAGUGUUACUAUAGCUUGGUACAACAUUAUAAUUACCCCGUUCUGAUUGGAUUUUUGAGUGUAGGAAAUUUGCCCUACGCCAUGGAUUCUGUUGGAAAUCCGGAUGAUCCGUUUCUUAAUCCGGAUAUGGCUUAUGCUUUCGCCGGUAGAAUGGAUUUCAAGGAAAGAGUUUGGAACUAUCUUUAUACUACAUAUACAAGGAUCUACUACAAUUAUUUCCAUCUACCGGAGGCUCAGAGCAUAGCUGCAAGAUUUUCUCCUGGAGUUUCCUGUUUCUCUAUUGAUCGUAACUUUAGCCUUGUCAUUCUUGGAAAUAAUCAUGUAUUUGGUUAUCCAAAACCAUUAUUGCCCAAUGUUAUUGAAGUUCACAGUCUGCAAAUCACAGGCAAUCCAGGAAAACUACCUAAAGACAUUCAAGAAUUUUUAAACAACGCAACUGAUGGUGCUGUUUACUUCUCUUUGGGUUCGAAUUUACAAAGUCGACAGCUACCGCCUCUUGCUUUAAAGGCUCUAUCCGAUGCUUUUGGUUCGUUGAAGCAAAGAGUUCUGUGGAAACACGACGGACAUGUGUCUGCUCAAGCAGACAACAUCAAGCUUGUGGAAUGGGCUCCUCAGCAAGCAAUUCUAGCUCAUCCAAAUGUCAAAGCGUAUAUCAUGCAAGGUGGAUUGCAAUCGAUGCAAGAGGCUGUUCAUUAUGGAGUCCCUUUAUUGGCCCUACCUUUUUUCGGCGAUCAGAAUUUUAAUGGACGAAAAAUCGUUGAUGCAGAAAUAGGUCUAAUUUUACACGUAGACACAAUGACAAGUCACUCUAUUAAAGUCGCUGUGGAAAAGUUGAUAUAUGACCCUAAAUAUUCUCGUAACAUUCAGAAGAUGGGGAAUAUUCUCAAAGAUGAAAUCAUAAAUCCCUUACAUAAGGCAGUAUGGAAUAUUGAACAUAUUCUUAAGUUUUCACCAUCAAAUCAUCUUCGCUAUCACGGCCAUGACAUAUCCAACAUCGAAUACUUAGCAACUUAUUGUUUCAUUUUUUCUAUUGUCCUUUUUGGAAUAAGUUUAUUAGUAUGGAUAUUGGUUUACAUUUUUCGAUCAUUAUUGCACAUUGGAAAUGAUGUUAUAAUAAAAAAAAAGAAACAUGAUUGACAAUAAAUCAAAAUUUCAUUAUCAUUCAAUUCAAUAC